AAAACGCAGACGAAGAAGAAGUAUCUUCACGCUGCCGGGCCGCAUGACAUUUGUAGUCUUGAUACCGGCUUCGGAUAAACUGUUUUGGAUAAACUGUCAGUUUACGGAACAAAAUGCCUAAAAAAGGGAAAGAAGAAGCACAGUGGGUGGGCGAUGAAGAUACCACGACAACAGUUUUCCACAUUUUGCGGUCCAACGCUCUUUCAUCCCACAGAAAAGGCUGUGAAAAAGGGGAAGAAAGAUAAAAAGGGGAAAAAGAGUUUUUUUGAGGAGCUCCAGACAGACGACAUACCUGAAAAGGAGGCUGAGGUUCCUGUGAAAGAUGCUAAACAGCCUCAUAAAAAGAAGAAGGACCGGCGGAAAGCAAAAAUUGGAGAUGCAGAUAAUGAGAGCGAUGAAGAUGUUAUGCUGAAGCUAAAAAAGCUCUCAGUACAAGCGAGUGAUGAGGAAGAUGAGCCUGUUGUUGCCCCCAAGAAAGGAAACGAGAAGAACAAGGGUGGUAACAUUUUUGCAGCUCUCCGCCAGGGCAUGAGUGAUGAGGAAAACAACUCCGAUUUGGAUGAGGAAGAUGAACCGGAAAAUAAGGCUGAGAAGGGCAAGAAAAAAGAUAAAGCUAAACCUAAGGUGACGGUGAAGUCACCAGAAAAUCAUGAUAAUGAGAAGCCAAAGGACAAAGUCAAAGCAAUUAAAAAGAAACCUGCUGAGCAAUCACGUCACGAUGAUGAAGACGAGGGGGCCAACAGUGACAUCGAUGAUAUGAUGAUGAGUGCUGAGGAUGUCAUCGCAGAGCAGGCCAAGCAGCAACAGGACGAUGACCCCUUUUCUAACCUUAGCAAGAAGGAGAAAAAGAAGAAGAAAAAAAUGAUGGAAUAUGAGCGGCAGGUGGCGAGCCUCCGUGCACAGAGUGCCUUAGAGGGGGAUUUCUCAAUUUCCCAAGCUGAAAUGUCCUCCAGACAGGCCAUGCUGGAGAACGCUUCUGAUAUCAAGCUGGAAAGGUUCAGCAUUUCUGCCCACGGCAAAGAGCUUUUUGUCAACGCUGACCUCCUUGUCGUGGCAGGAAGAAGAUAUGGUUUGGUAGGACCAAAUGGCAAAGGGAAGACCACAUUACUGAAGCACAUAGCCAACAGAGCUCUCAGUAUUCCCCCCAACAUCGAUGUGCUGCUGUGUGAGCAAGAGGUGGUGGCUGACGACACGCCAGCAGUCCAGGCAGUGCUGAAGGCAGACACCCGCCGCCUGAAGCUGCUGCAGGAGGAGAAGCAGCUUCAGGCUCGUCUGGAGAAGGGAGAGGACAGUGUGGCAGACAGACUAGACAAGGUCUAUGAGGAGUUGAGGGUGAUUGGAGCUGCAGCAGCUGAGGCCAAGGCAAGAAGAAUUUUGGCUGGCUUGUCAUUUACCCCUGAGAUGCAGAACAGACCCACCAGAAGGUUCUCAGGAGGUUGGAGAAUGAGAGUCUCUCUUGCCAGAGCUCUGUUCAUGGAACCCACCUUACUGAUGCUUGAUGAACCCACCAACCACCUAGAUUUGAAUGCUGUCAUCUGGCUCAACAACUACCUUCAAGGCUGGAAGAAGACUCUGCUCAUAGUUUCCCAUGACCAAAGUUUCCUUGAUGAUGUGUGUACUGACAUCAUGCAUUUAGACAACCAGAAACUCUACUAUUACAGAGGGAACUACUUGACCUUCAAAAAAAUGUACGUCCAGAAGCAAAAGGAGCUGCAGAAACAGUAUGACAAGCAGGAAAAGAAACUUAAGGACCUGAAGGCUGGUGGCAAGUCCACCAAACAGGCUGAGAAGCAGACGAAAGAAGCGCUCACCAGAAAACAACAGAAAGGCAAGAAGAAGGGAGGUCAGGAAGAGGAAAGUCAGGAGGCCACAGAGCUGCUCAAGAGGCCUAAAGAGUACACUGUCAAGUUCACCUUUCCAAACCCUCCACCUCUUUCACCACCCAUUCUGGGUCUGCACAGCGUUGAUUUCUGCUACGAGGGUCAGAAGCCACUCUUCAAGAAUGUGGACUUUGGAAUUGACAUGGAUUCCAGAAUUUGUAUAGUUGGUCCAAAUGGUGUUGGGAAGAGUACUUUGUUGUUGCUGCUCAAUGGGAAACUAAAUCCUACUAAGGGUGAGAUGAGGAAGAAUCAUCGAUUGAAAAUUGGCUUCUUCAACCAGCAGUACGCGGAUCAGUUGAACAUGGAGGAGAACCCCACAGAGUACCUGAUGAGGAACUUUAACCUCCCCUACCAGGAUGGCAGGAAGUGCCUGGGACGUUUUGGCCUGGAGAGCCACGCACACACCAUUCAGAUCUCCAAACUGUCCGGUGGUCAGAAAGCUCGAGUUGUGUUUGCUGAACUUUGCUGCCGCCAGCCAGAUGUGCUGAUUUUGGAUGAACCCACUAACAAUCUGGAUAUCGAGUCCAUUGAUGCUUUAUCAGAAGCCAUCAAUGAAUACAAAGGAGCUGUGAUCAUAGUGAGUCAUGAUGCCCGUCUCAUCACGGAGACUCAGUGCCAGCUGUGGGUGGUCGAGGAUUGUUCGGUCAACCAGAUUGAUGGAGACUUUGACGACUACAAGCGGGAAGUUCUGGAGUCUCUCGGCGAGACCAUGGUCAAUAAGGUUAACCCAUGACUCCUCGGAGCAGUUGUGGGAGAAACAUGUUGCCACCCCAAAGUCCCUCUGGAAUGUUUUUUUUUCCUGGACUGUGUCCUGCAUAAUGGUCUAAACCCUGCAAUCCAAUGCUUUUAAAUAUAGUAGAUAAAUCAUGUUAUGUUGGUUAAGAUGACAAUAAAAGAUUUUUUUUCCCCA